AUGUUUCCCCAGUGGCUGAGAUCACCGAGCAGGCCAAACCCCACUAAAUCUCCCUCCCAUUUCUCCUUCUCUUCCUUCAAAGACAUUGACGCCAUCCUCAGAGAGGAAGAACAGCACCAGCAACAACAACUCUAUCCUCGAUCCCCCAAAACACCCUCCAUUUUCCACCGCGUCAAGCUCUCCACCGCCGUCUUACGCGCCUUCGGCCACCGCCAUCCUCCCCCCAACGCCGACCAGCGCGUCGUCGUCUACCUCACCAGCCUACGCGUCGUCCGCAAGACCUUCGAGGACUGCAAGACCGUCCGAUCAAUCCUUCGGGGACUCCGUGUCCCGAUCGACGAACGGGACGUGUCAUUGGAUCCCAGCUUCCUGGACGAAUUGCAUGGGGUUAUUGGGCGUAAAAGCUUCACCCUGCCGUUGGUUUUCAUUGGCGGAAGGUACAUCGGUGGGGCCGAGGAAGUCAAACGGUUACAUGAGUGUGGCGAACUGAAGAAGCUGAUUGGUGGGCUACCGUUGCUAAUGGGGUCCGGUGUCUGUGAUUUGUGCCAAGGGCUGAGAUUUAUUCUCUGUCCCAAAUGCAACGGUAGCCAUAAGAUCUACUCCAAGAAAUUAGGGUUUCAAAGUUGUGCCGAUUGCAACACCAACGGUCUGAUUAGGUGCCCGUCUUGCUAUCUCUCCGAUCACCGUCGAAUUAGCUAUCCUUUUUAG